AUGUCGAAAUUCCCGGCUCGCGGUCUGCCGACGGGCCUGCGCUCGUUGAAUGGGCUGAAGGUGCCGUAUGGGGCCGCCACGGCCGCCUCGAUCCCCUCGCAAGCAGCCGGGCAACAGAGGCAACGCAGCACAUCGACGCGCCUCUCCGGACUCGUCGGCUCCCCGCCAAAGGGCGUCGGCUCCAUCAACGUCGCCACGUUCAAGGGAAUCCGCCUCUUCAGCACUGGCAAAUACCCGUCGCACAAGAAGGUGGCCCUGCCCGCCCUGUCGCCCACCAUGGAGAUGGGCACCGUCGUCUCGUGGCAAAAGAAGGAGGGCGAUCAGCUCGGCGAAGGCGAUCUUCUCUGCGAGAUUGAGACCGAUAAGGCAACGAUGGGCUUCGAAACGCCGGAAGAGGGCUACCUGGCCAAGAUCAUGAUCCAGGAGGGCACCAAGGACGUCCCGAUCGGAAAGUUGCUGUGCAUCAUCGUGGAGAGCAAGGACGAGGUGGCCGCGUUUGCCGAUUACAAGCCGGAGGAGGGCGCCGCCGCUGCUGCCACGCCGCCGGCUUCCCCCAAGAAAGCCGAGCAGCCGAAGCAGGCCGAGCCCGCACAGCCGCAGGUUCAGAAAGUGACCCCGCAGCGAGCCGCGGCCUCUUCCGCUCCGUCUGGCGGCCGUCUCUCUGCCACCCCGUUCGCCCGCAAGAUCGCCAACGAGCAGGGACUCGACCUGAAGAGCGUGUCCGGCUCGGGCCCCGGCGGCCGUAUCCUGGCCGCCGACCUCUCGUCGGCUUCUCCAUCUCCGGCCGGCGGCACCCCACAACAACCAUCGUCGGCGAUCGGCGGCCCCGGCGACUACACCGACAUCACGCUCUCCAACAUGCGCAAGACGAUCGCGAAACGCCUGACCGAGUCGAAGUCGACGAUCCCGCACUACUACCUCAGCUCGGAGAUCAACAUUGACAACGUGCUACAAGUGCGCGAGAAGCUGAACACGCUGCUGGCCAAGGGCGCCGUCGGCGAGCCCACCAAGCUCUCCAUCAACGAUUUUAUCAUCAAGGCUUCUGCCCUGUCGAACAUCCGCGUGCCCGAGUGCAACAGCUUCUGGAUGGACUCGUUCAUCCGCCAGAACAACACCGUCGACGUGUCGGUGGCCGUGUCGACGCCGUCGGGCCUCCUCACGCCGAUCGUCUUCAAUGCUCACUCAAAGGGCCUCGCCACCAUCAGCAGCGAGGUGAAGGAGCUGGCGAAACGGGCGCGCGACGGCAAGCUGCAGCCCCACGAAUUCCAGGGCGGCACGUUCACCGUCUCGAACCUGGGGAUGUUCGGCAGCGUGACCGACUUCACGGCCAUCAUCAACCCGCCGCAGUCGUGCAUCCUGGCCAUUGGAGGCGCCGAGUCGAAGCUUGUCCCCUGCGACAAGGAGGGAUACCGCAAGGUGCAGGUGAUGCGCGUCACGCUGUCGUGCGACCACCGUACCGUGGACGGGGCCGUCGGCGCCCAGUGGCUGAAGCAUUUCAAGGAUUUCCUCGAGAAGCCGCACACGAUGCUCCUC